GUUUAAAUUCACCCUUCACUUCACGUAUUUAUCUCUCAACCCCAAACGACUUGGCUCCGCGGCACUUGCAAACCAUUUGCAUUUGCGAAGUCUCCAACAAACUCGCGCAGCCACCAACGCUCCUUCUCUAGGGAAAGUCACAAUGGUUGAUCAGGUUCAGCGCCCUAAGCUCUUCCAGAAUGUUGCACGCCACACCGGUCUCUCAAUGUACCAACAGAGGUCAUUUGGGAACUAUACCAACCCUGCAUUUCAGUGUCCAGUGAAGCCGGCAUGUGGAGCUACAAUGACUGAUUUCUCUACUAUUGCAACAACAGCUUCCCCUGUCUUUGUAGCAGCUCCUGCUGAGAAAGGAAACUUUGUUGUUGAUUUUCUCAUGGGAGGAGUUUCUGCUGCCGUGUCAAAAACCGCUGCUGCCCCCAUUGAAAGGAUUAAGCUUUUGAUCCAGAACCAAGAUGAGAUGAUUAAAGCUGGUAGACUUUCUGAACCCUACAAGGGAAUUGGUGACUGCUUUAAGAGAACAACUGCUGAUGAAGGUAUUGUUGCCCUAUGGAGAGGUAACACUGCCAAUGUCAUCCGUUAUUUCCCCACUCAGGCUUUGAACUUUGCCUUCAAGGACUAUUUCAAGAGGCUUUUCAAUUUCAAGAAGGACAAAGAUGGUUACUGGAAGUGGUUUGCCGGUAACUUGGCCUCAGGAGGUGCUGCUGGUGCUUCAUCCCUUUUCUUUGUCUACUCCCUCGACUAUGCUCGUACCCGUCUUGCAAACGAUUCAAAGGCUGCUAAGAAGGGUGGUGGAGGAAGACAAUUCAAUGGUCUCAUUGAUGUCUACAAGAAGACAUUGGCAACUGAUGGUAUUGCUGGACUUUACCGUGGUUUCAACAUCUCAUGUGUUGGAAUCAUUGUCUACCGUGGUCUCUACUUUGGAAUGUAUGAUUCCUUGAAGCCAGUUCUCCUAACUGGAUCUUUGCAGGAUAGUUUCUUUGCCAGUUUUGCUCUCGGAUGGCUCAUCACCAACGGUGCAGGUCUAGCAUCUUACCCAAUUGACACUGUCAGAAGAAGAAUGAUGAUGACAUCUGGUGAAGCCGUCAAGUACAAGAGCUCCAUGGAUGCAUUUUCACAAAUCCUCAAGAACGAGGGUUUCAAGUCCUUGUUCAAGGGAGCCGGUGCUAACAUCCUUCGUGCUGUCGCUGGUGCUGGUGUGCUUGCAGGUUACGAUAAGUUGCAGGUCAUAAUGCUCGGCAAGAAGUACGGAUCUGGUGGUGCUUAAUUUUUUUGUUUCAGAUGGCGAUGAAAAUAAUUUAGUUUUGAGAAUUGACCCAGUAUUGCGGAAAAUUUUGUUCAAUAAUUAGUACUAUAUGAUCCCAUACCCAUUUCCUUGGAUCUGAAUAUUUUAUAUUUCUAGGUUUAUGAUUUAUUUGAAUGACAGGAAAAUGUCUGUCAUAUUGAAUUUUCUUUUGUUUGAUUUGAAUGUUUUGAGAGAUACUCUAUUUUGUUAUUCAAUCUACUUAUUGUUCACUACU